AUGAGAGACAGGAAAGAAUUUUUAUUUGAAAAUCCUGUUAAUGAUACACCUGUGGACGUAAGACGAGUGAAACUGAUAAGUCAAUCAGAAUGGAAACGUUUAAGAAACCAAAUGGAUAGUCAUUUGAGUGAAACUGUUAAAAUAGAAGAGAAGAAGUUACAGAUUAAAGAAAUUAAAACACAAUCAAGAGAAAUGGUAAAAAACUGGACAAAUACACUUUUGGGAUCAAGACAAAAGAAGCUUGAAGAUCGUUCUAAUCGUUUAGCCGAAGAGGAAAAAUGUAGAAUGGCCAUCGAUCGUGAAGAGGAGAAAUUUCAAGCGGAACGAAGAAAGAAAGCUGUUGACAAAGCGAAGCAGCUAUUAUAUUACGAAACGGAUCGUUUUCGAUUAUUACAUUCAGGCUUAAAUCUAACAGAAACUUUGAAAGAACGUGAUAUGCAACUGGAAUUUAAACGUUUGAAAAAUAAAUCGGAAGUGAACAAAGGAAAAAAAUAUGUCGAAACGAUGCGGAAAAGUAUUGAAGGGGCUAUAAUGAAAGAACUUAAUGAAGCUGAAAGGAAACGUGAGAAAAAUUUAUUAAAUGCUCAAGAAUUAAUGGCACAAAUAAAAGAACAUGAUGAACAGAAAAAACGUCAUAAAGAACAAAUAUUAACCGAAGGCGAAGUGUUGAGGAAAAUUGCAACAACUGACUUAUUAGAACGCGAGAAACUAGAUCAAAUCUGUCAUGAUCAAAUGAGAAAACUUGCAAAAGAAUUUCAAGAUCAAAUUAAUGGUCAUAUACAAAUGAAAGAGAUUGAAAAAUUAUAUGAUGAAGAAAUUGAAGAACAAUGUCGAUUGUUUGCAGCAGCUAAGAUCAAAAUGACAAAAAUGCGUAUCAUGAAGGAACGUGAUAUGUUUCAACAAAAAGAAGCCGAACUACAAAAAAUACAAGAAUAUUUAUCAGAACAGUUGAAAAAUGCACACACCAAUGAAGAAGUACGUUUAAACAGAGCAACAACUGAAAAAGAGGAAAAAUACCAACAGGACACAAAGAAGAAAUACGAUAAACAACUAAAAAUUAUCCAAGAAUUUAAGGAAUAUAGAGUGAAUGAAAUAGAAAGACGUAGAAAACAAUUAGAAGACGAGGAACAAAUAGAAUUAUGUGAAAUACGUAAAAGGAUAGCAGCUGAAUUAGCGCUAACUGAAUAUGAAAAUGCAUUAAAAACAAAGAAACUGGAAGAACGAAAGCAAUUAUCACAACAAUUACUGCAAGAAUCAGUGGUAAAACGAGAACAAGCCAAGGAAGAACGCAAAGCAGAAAUUGAAGCGAUAGCCAAUAGAAAUAAACUAAUUCAACUGGAAGAAAUUUUUUUCCAAGAUUACGCAACCAGAGUAAUCAAUCACUGUAAAGCAAAUGGUCGGAAUGUUUAUCCUUUGGAAAAAGCAGCCCAUACAGGAUCAAUGACUGGUCUAGGCACCGGUCUACCAGGAAAACCAAGUUUAGUGACUAUUAAUAUGAAUCAUCCAAUUGAUGAUCAACACAGCAGUGAUCAAUCUACAAGUGCGAAUGAUCAAUGUUACAAUGAAGAAAUGUGUAACAAUGUUGCAUUAAAUGGAAAAUUGACAAAUAAAAAAAUUAAUAAUACUAACGAGCGUUUAGGAUUUGUUUGGUGA